CCUCUCUAGAAAACGCUUCAGCUGCCCCUGCGUGAUGUGCUGACAUUAGACUUUUCUGCCCCAUCCCGAAUCCGCCCAUUUUCUUUACCCUUGUUUGUGAACCUCCGGCAUGGAGCUGGACCGCCGGCUGCUGCUAAUUCACUGCGCCGCUCACGCCCUCUCUUUUGCGGCGGGGCUUCUGGUGGUCGUCCCGCUGGCUUUUAACGGCUCUGCAUUCAAAGGCCGCUGUGCCCUCUUCUCCAGCGGAUACUGGAGGAAAGAAGACCGGGUCGAGUUUACGGGACAACCCGAGGAGUUGUCGCACCUGGUGGUGCAGCGGUGGGGCCCUCCGGAGGCAUGCCAGCUCGCCACUUUUGUGGGCAUUUUUACCACUCUGUACGGGGCUGCGCAGGGCUGGAGGUGCCUCCUCUAUCUGCACGGAAGGCAUGAUGACACUCUGUUUUCAUCCUUCCUCACGGUCCUGCUGAGCGUCUGUGUUCUCUUCCUGUCUGCUGGCUCCAGCGUCAUUUUGUCUCUUGGAUUCAGCUCCUGGUGUAACACAGUCACAGAUGAUGACAAGCGUCCCUAUAGUUGUGCAGAGUCCCAGUCCGUCCCCCUCUACCUGGAUGUUAACACCUCUACGUUCUACACAGAUCUUAGUGUGGCACAGGCAUCCCUGUGGUUUGUGACGGUUCUGUGGCUGGUUCAGUCCACCCUGGCCUUCCUUCGUCUCUACCAUUCCCACAGAGAGCACAUCAAGGGGCCUUGGCUGCACCGAGACAAUGAGCUGCUGCUUGGACACAGUCCCUCUGACGGCGGCUCCCCGACUCCUCCUCUUCCCCCUGCAGCCCCAACAGUCUUCGUCUGAGAGAGGGAGGGAGGUAGUGGUGCAUCGCCUUGCAUUUAGCUCUGCCGUUUAUUUUCAGCCUCAUUUUGUUCAUUAAGACUCCACAUAAGGUCCACUUUGCACAUCCUACUGUUUAUAUGCCCAAUCCUAUUCAGCAGAGCCUAACCGCUCGGUUCUAAAUAUAAAAUAUCAGCAGGUAAGCAUUAAGAAGCUGCAGCAAAUAAAUGCCAAAGAUACAACAUGCUGUAGCUUUUAUUUUGCUCAAGAAAUGUACCAUUGUCAAUGCGCAUUCAAAUGAAUAGCAGAGUUUCUUUACUACACAUUAGCACUCAGGCUGAUUUAAGUUAUUCUCAUGAUGUGAGCUUUCUUUUUAACUUUAAUGCUAAAAUGAAAUGUAGACCUCUGCAUUCUAAUGCUAUUCUUUUGGUAAUUCUUUGCAGUUUCUGUUUCCUCUUAAAAAUGCUCUGAAAGAAGCAUCAAAUCCAGAUUCAGAAAUAUAUCACGAAUUGUUAGAUUCAUCUGGUUCACUGCCAGCUCUUGAAGUUCUUCCUUUUUAUACAUGUUUGGUUUGCAUGACUGUAAAAAUAUCAAAGUGUUUCAAAUGGCUUGCAGGCAACUUGAAAACAAGUUUGACGCUCAGCUUUUCUUCUUUUUGGUUAAUUUUGGUAUCCUGCAUGGCUACAACAUCAACUGUUUAUAAUUUGUUCAAUCAAUAAGCUAAGUUACCUAAUUAGAGCCAAACAUCCAUGGUUUACUGUGAUUUACAUAUUCAACUCACAGAUUUAUCCUACAAAGUUUAACUGAAAAACAGAAAUCUGUCUGAAAUGUUCCAUUAAAGUAUACAUUUCUUACCGUGCAAUUAGACAUGUUUGGUUUAGAACUGUUAAUUUCCUUUGUUUUGUGUGUGUGGGAUAAUAUACAAUG